AUGUUCCAGCACAAUGCUAAUGAACAAGCCUUCCUUACGACCAGCCAGAGUCAAGAUUGCCGCUUCCUACUUCCUGGCUAUGGCCGACCACUGGACUUUUAUCCAGUAGAGAAGGAUAUCUAUGGAGUGGAAAGCCGUAGUAUGUUCCCAUCUGCACUCGAUGAUAGAGACAUCGAAAUUGGGUAUACUGAGCUUCCGGUUCAAACCUUGAGGGAAAAGGCAAUGGUUGAUGUGAUGGAAGACCUGACAGAUAUCCCUGGCUGGUGGAACAAGAUCCAUGAUUUCAAUACUGCAAAGGAAUGGAAAGAUAUGGCACUCAAAAAAGGAACAGACAUUACCGAAAACAUGGCCGAAUGGAUCAUCGACGAACUCAAAUUCAAAGCGAUGAUAUACGAAGUAAAUCAUGCGGUAGCCCUGUAUAAUGGCGAUAUCACCAAAUCCGACACCAACGUACCUAAAUCCAUCAUCGAGGAACUAAGAUGUGCCACCCGUACUCUCGAGACAAAUCACCCUGAUCUCCAAUUCUAUCAACCAGGAUCUCUAUCCAAGCAGCGAGAUCUCCUCGCUAUGGCGCUUUAUCCCCUCAUCUACGGCAGGAGUCGUAUCCUCCCAGACAAGCUCAUCGGGUUAGACGAGGCACUGCGGUACGCCGGACAGGGAGAGACAAUCCCAAUACCUCAAGAAACGGGGAUCACACGUGAAGAUAUUGCUUGGAGAGUGUAUGAGCGAUCGGAUAUUCAAGUUCGGCCGUAUAGUCGAAAUUUUCAGGCUUUGCCAACAGAUUGGAAGCUCGGUGACGAUGGAAAAUGGCAUAUCACCACCUACAUCAACAACCUGCACCCGGUGAAACACCGGAAUAUCUACGAUUUGAUUGAGAGGGCCUUCAACUGUCUCAUCCCACAGUGGAACAUGACCAUGACUCCGCUCAAAGACAUGCUGCAUUCCCGUGCCAGAAUCGAGUACCAUAAAGCAGAGUAUUACCCUGUCUCGAAGGAGGUUCUCGACAGCGUACCUCAGAUCAAGGAUCGUGAAGCACAAAGUGAGUAUUACGAGCGUGUUGAAAAAUGGAGGAUGGCACAUUUCCGCUCUAUCCAGCCUGACGUGGAUAAAUUUGUACCAUGGGCUGUGCCGCACUGUAUGAUGUCCAAGUUACCAGAGGACCUACCUGCCCCAGUUCGGAUCGAACAAGGCGUCAAUCUGAAUAACAACUACAAAGAACGAGGUCUGCAGGUUAUCACACGUUUGAUGGGCGUGGAUUUGACCCCUGAUGAUCCAUACUAUGAAACAUAUUGGCAUGUGGAAGGCCAAAUGAACGAGCAUAUCUGCGCUGCGGCUUUCCUUACCUACGACAGUGACAACAUGGAAGAACCGUCGAUGGAGUUCCGCAACAUAGUCGACGUCGAUGCUCUGACAGCGGUCGAACAUGAUCCAAACGACUUCACCUGGCUGAAGCAGGUUUUCGGAAUGGAAAACGGCGAACCAGCUAUUCAGCACUCAGGCUCAAUCCGAUGCCAGAUAGGACGCACAGUCAUGUUUCCCAGCACAGUGCAGCAUCGACUCACGAAGUUUGAGCUAAAGGACAAGACCAAAUCUGGUUCUACACGGGCACUGGUGUUCUACUUGGUUGAUCCGAAUAUCCGCAUUAUUUCCACGGGUAAUAUUCCACCUCAGCGGCUGGAUUGGACGCUUAACAAUAAGGACGCAGAGGCCGAAGACUUGAAUUCUGCUAUGGUAAAGUUGGCCCUUGAUAAUAAGGACAACAAGGGAAAUAUGCCUAUGUCAUUGGGUGAGGCGUUGGAAGUCAGAAAAGAUAGUUUGAAUGAGUUGGUUGAGUUCAUGCGUUAUCAGCAUGUGGCGUUUGAGUCGAGAGUAUUGAUGCUCUAG